AUGGUUUGGGCGGCAAUCACUUACGACGGCAAGAUGCCGCUGAUUUUUGUGCCUCAGAGCAUCAAGGUGGACUCUGCGACGUAUUUGGAUACCAUACUGUUAGCCUGGACCGAUAUCCUAUGGGGAGAGUUUGCAGGACAGCGCACCUGCGCACAAGGCGAAGGUGUUCAAGCAUAUCUUCAGAGCAACGUCAAGAACUUCAUAACGCCUGCAGAAUGGCCUCCGUAUUCACCUAAUUUGAAUCCCCUCGACUAUAGCGUCUGUGACGUGGAGUGUCUUCGUGCCAUUGUAAACAGCUUUCUCAAUCGUCUCCGAGCCUGUGUUCACGCCAAGGGAGGAAACUUUGAUUUGUGA